CCGCAGACAUGGCCUACAGACGUCCAUACACACAUACUAUAUUCAAGGUUAGCAGUGGAGACAUGGCCUACAGACGUCCAUACACACAUACUAUAUUCAAGGUUAGCAGUGGACUAAUAUAUAUAUGUACAUCAUUGUUGACACUAAUAGGAUAGUCACUCUGGGUGGAUAGAAAUUUAAAAGUGGAUACGCUUCGACAGGGACCACUUAUAGUGACCACUUAUAGCACCACAGCUGGCAAAACGAAUAUCCCAAACUGGAGAGCUGCAUGUUCGGCUUUGUAACCUGCCUGUUAACAGGGCAGGGCUAUGACUGAUUAAGGGCGACAAAGGCCAUUUGCCCACUUGCGUCAUCUGAACACUGAAAACCCAUGAACCAGCCUACCACUGAUAAGAUAGACUCUGGGGAGCCACACGACUGCCGGAUGUCCCGACCCACUCUUCAGGUUAAGUAUAUAACAAGAGGCACUGUUCUCUACAAUGUUCGCUGCAAGCACCAUUGCAUCAGAAGAACGCCGAGUAUCCGCAUAACCUUGACAACAUUUGUGUUUGCCGAUGUGUUUGGAUGAUUGGCUCUCCACUGUAUAUCACCCGAAGAUCUAGCUAUGCACAAAGCAAGUGAAAAUGACGACUCUGCUGAGUUUCGCAAGGAGAAAUUUCAAAGUGACAGUUUCAUCUCAGAGAUUGGUGUCCUAGAAGAGAAGAAUGAAUUUAUACUUAAAACGCCUCCUAGUGACGAUACUUCCUUGAUGACAAGACUUCAUUUGGACUCACUAUACAGGGAGAAAGCUAUUCUCAGUCUGUGUUUAUGCUGGGCAUUCGUCACAUUGGGAUGGGCGGUUAGUCAAUUUGGUCCUUCUUUCCUUGACUUCCAAAUCAUCACAAGGACAGACGUGAAGAAAGCGUCUGGCUUCCUGACGAGUAGGUCUGUUGGGUACUUGGCGGGUGCCGUCCUCAGUGGGAUGCUGUUUGACAGAUUCAACAAGGUUCUCUUGGCGGCACUUUUUUCAUUCGCGGGCGCAGUAAUAUCAGCCGUUCUCCCCUGGUGUUUCUGGUACGAGCUCAUGAUAGUGGUACAGCACUCUAAAAUAGGCAUCAGAUGCGGACUAUCACAAGGAGGUACAUACACAAAAAUAUCCUGCCUUCAGCAUACGUACACACAAGGAUGCGGAAAUGCUCUCCUGUUGUCUACUUGGGGGCAAGAAGGCCACUCCUACGUACAGGCCUUACACUUCUCCUUCGCGUUUGGUGGCAUCACCUCUCCAUUGGUGACUUCAGCAUUUCUACAAGAGACAUUGGAGGACUGGAAUGAUGUAAAUAUCACGGAUACAGGAAAUGUUCCUUCUUAUAAAUUUACUGACUGUAAUUCCAACGUGUCUCAACAAACAUACAGUGCUUGUACCAAUUCCAAUACCAAUCAAAAUGUGACCGCUGCACCCGGGUAUGCCAUCGGCGACUCUAGACUAUACGUGGCAUAUAUUUUAACAGCAGUAAUGCACAUAUCUUGUGCCGUACCCCUGUUUAUCAUGUUUUUAAGAGCACGACAUUGCCAAAGAAAAAAACAAAAAACGAAAAUAGAUCAAGACAUUAAACGAAUUUCUAGGGAGAUGACGUUUGGUUUUAAAAUUCUUGUCCUGCUUAGUCUGUGUUUGUUCAUGGCAAUUUACUGUGCAAUGGAGGAUACAUUCACGGCCUAUCUGACAACGUUCGGUGUUACACAGCUGAACUGGUCAAAGGUGCAAGGAUCCUACGUCACGUCGCUGUAUUGGGCAGUCUUCGGGUUUGCUCGCUUCUUGGGAAUAUGGGUUAUAAAAUUCAUCAGCCCAGCAAAAAUCAUUUGCGUUUUAACAAUCGUUUUGUGCAUUGAUUUAGGGGCGUUGUCAGUUUUUGCAGGCUUCAAUAUUGACGAAGGUAUAUGGGCAUGCGCAGUUUGCACAGGUGCAUCCAUGUCUCUUAUCUACCCAUGCGUGAUUAUGUGGACAGAGGAGAAACUGCUUCCGGUAUCCGGCAAAAUCGUAUCUAUCUUUAUGAUAGCAUCGUCUAGCGGAACUAUGACCAACCCUAUCAUAUUAGGAUACCUGAUGGAGACAUUCACACCAAUGUGGUUUACUUACCUCCUGUUUGGGGAGAGUGUGGUGUUGAUGAUUCUAUUUCUCGGUCUGUUACUAAUAGCACGGGUGUCGGAAUCUAGAUUUGGUACCGGUAAUUCGCAAAAUGAUGUCCGAGUAGAAAUAGAUCUAACAUCAACAAAGCACGUUUAAGAUAACGGGAGCUUGCUGGUAUAAGUACAUGCUAAAACCUAAGGGUCCCGUCUUAAAAACUAUAUGACGUAUGACGUUUAACAUAUCCCAUUAGAAAGAUUAAAACUUAAAUCCAUCAUAUAAGACGGUUAAAUGUCACAUCGAGGUAAUUCCAACUUAAAUCAAUUGUAUCUAUUAUCAAACAUGCCUCAUCAGGAAUAUAAAACCUCAAAUAUAUCGUCUUUGAAGGGUUGAACUCAUCCCGUCAGGAUGAUAUCAACUAUAGUCCGUCACAUGUACCGGUUAACCUGUCCCACUAGAGUGCUUAUAACAACUUAAAUUUGACAUGACAUAUUGCGACGAAUAUUUCGAAGAUUUAAGUGUCUA